GACGGCGCUCAGUCGCUCGCUCGCCUGUCGCACGACCGGACCUCACGCCGCACCUAGUUCUCUCGUACUCAUCUUCCCCCGUUGACGGACACCAGAUAAUCCAACCAACACAAAAUGCCCUCCGAAACCUACCUGAAGGCCGACCCCGAGCUGAAGCAGGAGCUCGCCGACAUCGCUCGGCGGAUCGUAGCUGCCGGUAAGGGUAUCCUCGCCGCCGACGAGUCAACCGCGACGAUCGGCAAGCGCCUCCAGCAGAUCAACACCGAGAACAACGAGGACAACCGCAAAGCAUACAGGCAGCUCCUCUUCACAACGAACAAGGAGGUGAUAAGCCAGCACAUAUCCGGCGUGAUCCUCUUCCACGAGACUCUCUACCAGAAGGCAGACGACGGCACGCCCUUCGUCGACCUGCUCAAGGAGCGCAACAUCAUCCCCGGGAUCAAGGUGGACAAGGGUGUCGUCCCACUGUUCGGCACCGACGACGAGUGCACAACCCAAGGCCUCGAUGAUCUCCAGGCCCGCUGCGUCCAGUACAAGAAGGACGGCUGCCACUUUGCCAAGUGGCGCUGCGUCCUCAAGAUCAAAAAGGACUGUCCCUCGAAGCUCGCCAUCCUCGAGAACGCUAACGUGCUCGCCCGCUACGCCUCGAUCUGCCAGAGCGCGAGGAUAGUGCCGAUCGUCGAGCCCGAGAUCCUGCCCGACGGCGACCACGACCUCGCCAGGUGCCAGCAGGUCACCGAGGAGGUGCUCGCCGCCGUUUACAAGGCGCUGGCCGAUCACCACGUCUACCUCGAGGGCACCCUCCUCAAGCCGAACAUGGUGACCCCGGGCCAGAGCUGCCCGAACAAGGCCAAGCCCGAGGAGAUCGCCUUCGCGACGGUGACCGCGCUGUCGCGCACCGUGCCCCCGGCGGUGCCCGGCAUCACCUUCCUCAGCGGUGGCCAGUCCGAGGAGGAGGCUUCCAUCAAUCUCGAUGCCAUCAACAAGUGCCCGCUCAAGAAGCCCUGGGCCCUUACCUUCAGCUACGGCCGCGCCCUUCAGGCGUCCGUGUUGCAAGCUUGGGGCGGCAAGAAGGACCAGGUGGCCAAGGGUCAAGAUGAGCUCAUCAAGCGAGCCAAGGCAAACAGCGAAGCAGCUCUUGGAAAGUACGCCGGUGGUGUUGCCGGAGCGGCCGGCGAUGCUGCCCUCUUCGUUGCAAAUCAUGCUUAUUAAAUUGUUAAAAAAAAUAUGAAAACAAAAAGCACGCAGAAUAUAAGACAAAUAUCUACCUGAGAAAAAAUAAAAUAAAAUAUUACUAUCGUUACCAAACAAGUCAAGAAUAAAAAAACACGAUGACAAUGUCGGACAUGAACUGAAAUCACGCGCGCGCGACAUUUAUGUUCUGGGUGGUAUGCGUGGAAAAGUGAAGAUAUUUUUUCCGUAUAUACACGUUCAAGCGAACGACACAGAAAACAAGGAAUGUUGGUACAUCAGGCCAAUGCAGCAUGUAUAAAAAUUGUUUCAUGGAUUUUAUUGUGUUGUUCGGAUCAUCGAAAGUUAAUUUUACCAGUGAAAACUGUAAAGUUUUCCGAUUGUUGUAAUUAUUUAUAUUACUAUUAUAUUUUUGUUUUUCUGUUACAAUAAAGAAAAAUCUCCCUGUAAGAAU